UCCCGGUGGAGGCUGGACUAAACCAUACCACCGGACAGACUCGACAAUUCUUAUGAGAAAGAGGAAGCUGCCCAAAGUCCAUCCAUUCAUUCUCUAUCUACCGCCAAAAUGCCCACCACGACUUUUUUGACCACUGUUGCCACCCUUGGCCUGGCAACCCUGUCUGCUGCCGCCAGUACUACUACCAUCAACCUCUUCCAGCCUGGUGAGGAGACAGUUCCCUACAGUGAUGUGGAAGCGAGCAUCAUCGGUGUCACUGGGGAUACCACCACUGUUGCUAUCGUCUGCGGCCCUUCGGCCGCUGCAUCGAAUUGUGCCCUGCACAGCCCAGUUACCAUAACUGAGGGCCCUUCCACGUUCACUGUGAGCGCUGUCAUAACUUCCACUACCGACGAUGCAGAAUAUACGGUUACCCUCGUUGAAGACUGCGAUAUCACCUCUGUGACUCAGGGUGCCUCCUGCUCCAUUUCCAUGGAUUACACUGUCGCCUACAGCGGCGAAACCACUUCUUACUCAACUGCCAUGGAAGCCUCUCUGCCUGCUCGCCUGAUGAAGUACUCGCCCGUAACGGUCACUGCGGGCGCUGACAAGUUGUCUUCCUCUGCUGCUAAGGCAACUGGGACCUCUUCUGGCUCAUCUAGCGCAGAGAACCAGAGCGAUUCUACCACUACUGCCACUGGCAGUGCUGCGACCGAGACAUCAUCUUCUUCCAAGACCUCCUCGGGAUCGAGUGCCUCCAGUACUCCUAAUGGCGCAGGGGGCCACCCAGCCAUGACUCUGGGUGGUGCCUUUGCUGCCGCUUUUGUUGCCGUUAUUGGCUUGCUGUGAGCGGUGGUUGGACCCGACUGACUGACUGACUUGCUGCUUGGUCAAAUGAGAAUUAAUUACUUCUUGCUUACAUAUUUGCAUCUACCCCCACAUACUUCUUGAUGCCUUUUAUCCUUUUCCUAGUUCUUGAACAAGACGAUCAUUUCAGGCCAUCUUGAAACCUUUUCAUGAGAGUCCUCACCAUGAUAAUGAGCUGGAACGAGCGCCACAGAUGAAGUUUUGAUCUAUUGCUGUCGCACAACUCCAACGAGACUUCAUUAUAGAUACGUGUAUUAUAAUAUAAACUUCGCCGCGUUACUGCCAACCGGUAGACCUCACAGCAAUCCAAGCUCCUGCAGGUAUACGUAUGUAGCUGAUCAGAGACCAAAGAAA